AGUAUGUAAAUGUCAUUUUUCUAACAAAUUUACAAGAUUUUUACGCUAGUUAGGGCAAACGAUUAGUUUUCCAUGUUUUCGGGAGUGCUUUGAACCGUGCGUAGUGAGAUCUGGGGCGAAAUGCGGUCGUCGGAGGAGCAUAACCUCGGCGGAGUCUCACGGGCGUGCAUCACGUAACGUCUAGAAUGGCCCGAUGGUGAGGACCGCAAUGGUGCUGAGUACCGAGUGGGCGCAGGUGGAAGUCGUAGAGCUGACCAACGACGGCAACGGGCUCGGGUUCAACCUGGUGGGCGGCAGGAGCACGGGCGUCGUGAUCAAGUACGUGCUGCCGGGCGGGAUCGCCGAGAAGGACGGCCGGCUGCAGAGCGGCGACCACGUCCUGCAGGUCGGCUCCGUCAACCUGCGCGGCUUCACGUCGGAGCAGGUGGCGGCGGUGCUGCGCCAGGCCGGGCCCGCGGUCCGACUGCUGGUGGCGCGCCCCGCGGACCCCGCCGCGGCCCUGCGGGCUCCGCUCCCGGGCACCGCGCUCGUCCCGACCAAGCUGCUCGCCGACCCCGAGCUGCUCGACCGGCACCUGAUCGAGUGCGGCUACGGCGCCGUCUACGACCUCUCCCAGUGCUACACGGACUACAUCAACGGCCAAAACGGCGACUCCGAGAACAUCGUAGCGGCCGCCGUCAGCGUGGUGGGCGACAACCCUCAGCAGAUCCCCGACCACCCCAUUGUAGCGGACACCGUCUCCCCGACCAUCACCAUCACUGUACCUGUAGAGUUGCCUAAUUUACCUGAAGUAGAAGUAGUUCAUGUGGACCUGAAUAAGAAUGUGUACGGGCUGGGAAUCACUGUAGCCGGUUAUGUUUGUGAGAAAGAGGAGCUCUCUGGUAUUUUUGUGAAGAGCAUAAUAGAAGGAAGUAGCGCAGAGCAGAGUGGUAAAAUUAAAAUAAAUGAUAGAAUAAUAGAGGUGGACGGUGUGUCCUUGAUAGAGAAGAGUAACCCUCAGGCUGUGGAGAUUUUAAGGAAUACAGGAAUAUCUGUUCACCUUGUGUUGGAAAGAUACUUAAGAGGUCCAAAGUAUGAACACCUUCAGUUAGCUAUAUUUAAUGAGGAGAGACCAUCGUCACCCUCUCCAUCUACUACGACCCUUACCUGGUUCCCAGUGCCUUCCCAAGCAGAAAAUAGUGUCACAGAGAUAGAACCUGAGCCUGAAUCUAACACUACCAUAGACUCAAGUGUCUUAGAGGUGGGAGAAUUAGAAGAAACCAACGAACCAACACAAGAGGAAUUAGACAGGAGGUUUGAUGAAAUUUUAGCUGUAAGUGAUGAGGAGAUAAAGAAGAAAUGGGAAACUGAAGUAAAUGGUAAAGAGAUUAUUGUAGGUGAAGUUAGAAAACUAGAAGGCCUUGGCAUUAGUUUAGAAGGCACAGUGGACGUUGAAGGAGGCCAGGAAGUGAGGCCUCACCAUUACAUUAGGUCUGUGCUCCCCGAGGGCCCAGUUGGGCAACAGGGUACAUUUUUGGCUGGUGAUGAACUUCUAGAAGCGAAUGAGUACAGAUUACAUGGCUUAACACACACAGAAGUUGUCAACAUAUUGAAACGCCUGCCUAAUCGUGUUCGCUUGGUGUGUGCAAGGAGCAGUAGUGAGAGUGGUCCACGACCGCUUAUUAAUUUAGCUCCAGACAGAGAGGGCUUUGAAGCCAGGAAAAUUAUAUCAGGCAGCCUCAACAACCUGACAACACUUGUGAAAGCUCAAUCUGAUACUUCAAUAAACACAUCCAGCACAGCAACUCUGACCAACCACUCUGGUCACUCAAGAAAAUCUAGGUCACUUGAGUGUGUAUCAGGAUUAGCUAUGUGGCAGAGCAAGGAGGACAUUGUGCAGCUUGUGAAAUCAGACCAAGGGCUGGGCUUUUCCAUCCUCGACUAUCAAGACCCCAUAGAUCCCAAUGGCACUGUGAUAGUGGUAAGAAGCUUGGUACCUGGUGGAGUGGCUGAGAAAAAUGGCGAGAUAUCGCCAGGAGACAGAGUGAUGUCGGUUAAUGGAGUUAGUAUUAAGAAUGCUACAUUAGACCAGGCAGUGCAGGCGCUCAAGGGCGCUCCCAGAGGCACGGUCAAAGUGGGCAUAGCCCGGCCCUUGCCUCCACAUGACUCCAAGUCUAAAAGCACAACAACAUUGAAUACUAAACCAAGUUAAUUGUAACUCCUUGUGAUUACUUAACCUUACUAGUCAAAGUUUGAAGUCAUAUCUACUUACUUGAACUUAGGAUGUGGUACAUAUCGGAAUGCUGGUAUUUCCGGUGGAACUGAAAUGCUGUCUGGUAGGCAGCACUGUGCAGGUCCUAUAGACUAGUCAUUGAGGGCAUUUUAGUGAGUGCCACAGGGUUUGAUAUUGCCCACAUAACAUAGAAAAUAUCUGCUUUCAUAACAUGUAUAAUUAAUCACUUUUCUGAUUGAAUUUUAAAAUUUUGAUACAUGCUAAAACUUUUUUUUACACCACAGUAAAUUAUAGUGUCUCACUAUGUAUUCUAUGUUAUGUGACCAACAAUCAACAUAAAGCUCACAGUUCAGUACCGAGCUCAAUAUCUAUGAUACAAUAAUAUUUUACGCUUUACUAGGUAGAUAAUAUUUUUUACAUAAGACACAUCAUCAUGCUCUUUUGUACUGCACACAAUUUUAAUGCAUAUUAAUAACAAGGUUUUACAAUGUCUUGAAUUUUCCCUUAUAUAUAAUUUGUUUGUCAUUAAUGUAGUUUCGUAUUAAUUCAGUAGAUUUUUAUAAAUUCACAAUUUCAAGACAUUGUAAAAUAUACUUAUGUAAUUAAUAAUUACUUUAAAACUUGUGCAUCAAACCUUUUAACGAACAUUUAGAUCUUUAGCAAAUCUAGUUUUAACGUCACUGACCUGUAGAUACUAACCUAAGGGAACAAUUGUGAAUGUAACUUUAUGUAAAUAAUUGAAUCAUUUUUGAAUCUCAUUUAUUGAGGUAUCUGUAAAACGGAUUUGAAUAUGAAUUGAGUUCUUGCCAUUUGAUUUAUGUUCCCUAUGUAUUAUAUUGUACUUAUUGCUAUAAUGUACCACAGCUUUAACAUUUAACAUUAAGUUUUUACUCAUCUAAAGUGAUGAUGCCAAUUUAAUAGUAAACCUCAAAUUAAUUUAAUGUUUAUAGAUUUUAUUAUACGUACGAGAUUUAAUAAUGCUUUAAAUAUCCCACUCACAAAUUAACGAAAAUGUAUACUAAUAUACAUGCUUGAUUAAAUGGAAUAUACCUUUUACAAUUAGUGAAAUGUUUAAGCCUUUAUUUGAGUGGGCUAUUUUUCAGCUGUAUUACAGGCGCCGACUGUGGGAUGCCUGAUAGGUCAUUCUUCAUUGAUCAUUUACCAUUUAUACCUGUUACAUUAAUCCCUAGUUAUUUAAAACCGCCUUAAAAAUAUUUGAAAGUAAUCCCUCAUAAGUCUUUACAUUUUAGGAAUGUAUUCUACCACGCCUUCAGUUCGGGCGGGAAAAAUAAUUUCGCUUUGAAUUGUAUGAUGAAUCUGCAUGUCAUUUGUAUGGGGUUUUAGUAGGGAUUAAACCCUUAUGUUUAUAUUCUCCCUUCAUUCGUAUUAAGUUAUUUUUGUUCUGAAAGGCAUCAGACUAAUGUAAAAUGAAUCAAAACAGUCGGUGCCGGUAAAAGCUGACUGCACUAUUUAGGGAGCACAUGUGAUAUGAGUGUUAAAUAACUUUAAAUCUGACUAAUGUUGUCGUCGAAUAGUCAU